AUGACGUCUAUGAUACCAGUCGAACCUACUUACGCCGCAAUGGCAACUUCACCUACUACGGGGCGCAAGUUCUUCAGACGGUCAUCAGAGUCCCACUAUAAUCACCCCUCUGAUGUGGGCGGUGCUGCUCUUCAAGCAACGACAGACCCUGUCACAAAUGCCGCGAUGGAAGAAGAGCUCGAGAUGGAGCAAGAAGAGGAAGAAGGCUGGGUGGGCGAGGCUCGCAGGAUCUGGCGACGCAUGUCGUUUGGGGGCACGGCGAGCAAGCCUGCCGUCGAGGGAAAGGAGAAGGAAAAAGAGAAUAAAGUACCCAUUAUCAAGCCUCCUGUGAAGGCACCCGCCCAACCCGUUGCGGGACAUGAGCACGAGCAUACACAUGGCCCGCUGGCGUCGGAGGGGCAUGCGAAGGGGAAGGAGGUGCCUGCCGUACCGGAGACGGAGGAAGUGCCUGCUCCACAAUGA